AUGGCCUCCAGCUGCCAAAUGGGCAGCAUCGACAGCCUGGAGCUGCUGGACCUGCUCUUUGACCGACAGGACGGGAUCCUCCGGAACGUGGAGUUUGGGGGCCACACGGCUGGCUGGCCUGGGUCAGAGCAGAGUCAGCUGCCCGGUGCCCAGGAGAACGAGGAUUUCCUCAGCUCCAUCCUGGGCUCAGGGGACUCUGGGUCUGACUCCCCGAUCUGGUCCCCUGCAGCCAGCGACAGUGGCAUCUCCGAGGACCCGAACUCAGACCAGCUCGACAGCCCCCAGCACUACGUGCCCACAGGCAGCCCAGGGCCCGGUGAGCCGGCGUACCCCUACCAGGAGGCCUCCCAGGCCCAGCCCGCUCCCAGCCUGCCUCGGGCUGACCUGCGGGAGGCUGAAGUCUCCAUAGACCUUGACAUGUGGAAUCCUGGUUUUUUCUCAGAGAAGAGUCACGACCUGCCUGCUCCCGCUCAGAUCGCCGCUUCCUGCACCCUGACAGUGAAGGACCUGCUGCUGUCCAGCAGCUGUGAGAUGCAGCAGCAGCAGCUGAUGACCCCAGCGCUGCUGAGACAAAGUCAUGGGCACUGCCAGGAACUGGUGCUGACAGAGGACGAGAAGAAGCUGCUGGCCAAGGAGGGGGUCACGCUGCCCACCCAGCUGCCCCUCACCAAGUACGAGGAGCGGGUGCUGAAGAAGAUCCGUAGGAAGAUCCGCAAUAAGCAGUCGGCUCAGGAAAGCCGGAAGAAGAAGAAGGAAUAUAUCGACGGCCUGGAGAGCCGGAUGUCGGCCUGCACGGCGCAGAACCAAGAACUGCAAAGAAAAGUGCUGCACCUGGAGAAGCAGAAUUCGUCCCUCCUGGAGCAACUGAGGAAACUCCAGACCCUCGUGGUGCAGUCGACUAACAAAGCUGCCCAGACGGGGACCUGCAUCGCAGUGCUGCUGCUCUCCUUUGCCCUGAUCGUCUUCCCCUCCAUCAGCCCCUUCACCCCCAAUCAAGCGGAGCAGGAAGGUGACUUUGGGCCGGUGAGAGUGUUCUCCAGGUCUCUCCAUAACGAUGCCUCCUCCCGGGUGGUCUAUGCCCUGAGGAAGGAUGCCGCCGAGAGCCCCCAGGAGCCGGAGAAUCCCGUGUGGACGGAGUACGCCGGCGAGGCCCAGAGCGUCCUCCGCAAAUUCCUCAGCAGCCACGUGCUCGCCAGCAGGCCCCAGGCAGAGGCUCCACAGGCCAACGGGACGGGGGCCCUGCCGCAGGACGGACACUCGGACUUGGAGGGGCUGAGUCACGACGGCCCCGUCGCGGCCUCGCUGGCCUGGACAGAGCCCAGCCAGCCCAGCCAGGUGCAGCUGGAGCCGGCCGAGGAGCUGUGAACGCCCCCGGCCGUCUCCCCCAAGCCCGGCCAGCGACGACAUGAGCAGGAGGGCUGGGCACCGCUGGCCAGGACCCCAGCCGGGGCAGGGGGGCACCGACGGGAG